UUAUAGUGUAGAUUGUUAUAAUAGAAGUGUGUUUCAGGACUCAGAGAGAGAGAGAGAGAGCAUUGCAUUGGCGAGACCACCGCGGUGGAGCGAGCGAGCGAGCAAGCGACGACGAAAAUUGAAUUGCUCGUGCGCGUGCGUGCGUGAUCGUUUGAUUGUUUGGAUCUUGUGGUCGAUCGAGGACGAUGUCGGAGAUGGCGAGCCCAGAUCCCGAGGGACUCGACGGAGUCCGGAUGACGUGGAACGUGUGGCCGCGGACGAAGGUGGAAUCAAGCAAGUGCGUGAUCCCUCUGGCGGCGACGGUGGCUCUGAUCCGUCCCCACCCUGACAUCCCCCGCCUCCCGUACGCCCCUCUCCGUUGUAAGACCUGCUCCUCCGCCCUCAACCCCUUCUCCCGCGUCGACUUCACCGCCAAGAUCUGGAUCUGCCCCUUCUGCUACCAGCGCAACCACUUCCCCCCUCACUACCACGCCAUCUCCGAAACCAACUUACCCGGCGAACUCUACCCCCAAUACACCACCGUCGAGUACAUCCUCCCUCUCUCCAACUCCCUCAACCCUUCCCCCGUCUUCCUCUUCCUCCUCGACACCUGCCUCAUCGACGAGGAGAUCCACUUCCUCAAAUCCGCGCUUCGUCGCGCCAUUGGUCUUUUACCCGAUAACGCCCUCGUAGGCUUCGUUUCCUUCGGGACUCAGGUGCAGGUUCACGAAUUGGGCUUCUCCGACAUGUCCAAGGUUUAUGUCUUCCGCGGCUCCAAGGAGAUUCCCGCCGAACAGAUUCUCGAUCAGCUUGGUCUUUCUGCUGCCGGAAGGAGACCUCAAAAGGGUGCUCCCGGUAUCGCUGGCGCUGGUGGAUUCCCCAAUUCCGGCAUCACGCGCUUCCUUUUGCCUGCUUCUGAGUGUGAAUAUACUCUCAAUGCGCUGCUGGAUGAAUUGCAGACGGAUCAAUGGCCGGUUCCGCCUGGGCGCCGCCCUGCACGCUGCACCGGAGUUGCUUUGAGUGUUGCCGCAGGGUUGCUGAGUGCUUGCAAUCCUGGGACUGGUGCUAGAAUCGUAGCUUUGGUUGGUGGGCCAUGCACGGAAGGACCUGGCGCGAUUGUGUCAAAAGAUUUAUCUGACCCAGUGCGUUCUCAUAAAGAUCUUGAUAAAGAUGCAGCACCAUUCUUCAAGAAAGCAGUCAAAUUUUAUGAGGGUCUCGCAAAACAGCUGGUUGGCCAGGGUCACGUUUUAGAUAUUUUUGCAUCAGCACUUGAUCAGGUUGGAGUUGCAGAAAUGAAAGUUGCGGUUGAAAGAACCGGUGGCCUUGUUGUCCUGUCUGAAAGUUUUGGUCAUUCAGUCUUCAAGGACUCUUUUAAGCGAGUUUUUGAGGAUGGGGAGCAAUCUCUUGGUCUUUGUUUCAAUGGAACCCUAGAGAUAAAUUGCUCCAAGGAAAUCAAAAUUCAGGGAAUUAUUGGACCUUGCACCUCGUUGGAAAAGAAAGGGCCUUCUGUUGCUGAUACUGUUAUAGGAGAGGGAAACACAACAGCAUGGAAGAUGUGUGGCCUUGACAAGAGUACAUGCUUGACUGUGAUGUUUGAUCUUUCAUCAAGUGAUCGUUCAAAUACCCCUGGUGCUGUUAACCCACAAUUGUACCUACAGUUCCUUACAAGUUACCAGGACCCAAGUGGUCAAUCAGUGCUUCGUGUCACAACAGUAACUAGAAGAUGGGUGGAUAGUUCUGUUAGCUCUGAGGAAUUGGUUCAAGGAUUUGACCAAGAAACUGCUGCAGUUGUAAUGGCUAGAUUUGCUUCUCUGAAAAUGGAGAGUGAGGAAACAUUUGAUGCUACACGGUGGUUGGAUCGGUUUCUCAUUCGCCUCUGUUCUAAAUUUGGUGACUACCGCAAGGAUGAUCCAUCGUCUUUUACAUUAAACCCAUCAUUUUCACUUUUCCCUCAGUUUAUGUUCAAUCUGCGACGCUCACAGUUUGUACAGGUUUUUAACAACAGUCCAGACGAGACUGCAUAUUUCCGCAUGUUGUUAGACAGGGAAAAUAUUAGUAAUGCUGCCGUUAUGAUUCAGCCGUCAUUGAUAUCGUAUUCAUUUAAUGCACUGCCUGCACCAGCAUUGUUAGAUGUGGCUUCCAUUGCUGCAGACAAGAUUUUGUUGCUAGAUUCAUAUUUUAGUGUGGUUAUUUUUCAUGGGAUGACAAUAGCUCAAUGGCGCAACUUGGGAUACCAGAACCAACAAGAACACCAGGCAUUUGCACAACUAUUACGAGCUCCGCAUGACGAUGCCCAAAUGAUAAUUAGAGAACGGUUCCCGGUGCCUAGAUUGGUAGUGUGUGACCAACAUGGUUCCCAGGCUAGAUUCUUAUUAGCAAAACUGAAUCCCUCAGCAACGUAUAAUAAUGCACAUGAAAUGGCUGCUGGUUCAGAUGUAAUCUUUACUGAUGAUGUGAGCCUUCAAGUUUUCUUUGAGCAUCUGCAAAGGUUGGCUGUCCAAUCAUGAGGACAGAUAAUAGUAGAGAUUGACAUUUUAUGGGUUCUGGACUUUGGUUUGGGGAAUUCACCAAUGAUGUGUGUGUCCUGCGUUGUGCUGUUGCAUUCAGUACUUUUCCUUUCUUUCCUUUGUUCUUAACAAAGAGAAGCUCGGAGCCUCAUGAAUUGAAGAAUAAGGAAGACCUAAAACAUAAUUCUUUAAGGUUCUGGUCGAAUUUUCUUUUGUGGAGAAAAUAAAGGGUUCAAAAGUAUGUUAAGUUUGGGUAUUGCGGAAAGAAAGGAUAGAAAAUCGAGUUAAGAGCCCCCACCUCUGCCACAGCAGCGUAAUAGCAAAUGAGGGAGAUUUUUUUUACUCAGUUUUUCCUAUUUGUUUUGGCCCAGAUCUGAAUUUUUGGGUUCCUCAGCUGGAUUAAUUUAUAUAGUUCUUUUACUUUUAUAUGUUCCCCAGGUAGCAAAGUAACGAAAGCCAUUUUGUCACGUUGAGUUUGAUAUCAUUCUCUUGAUACUGUUUUGUAUUGUAUAUUGUCAAGUAAGCGUAUAGGACUCAUCUCGGUGCAAUGGAUACUUUUGAAUGCUCGCUGUUUUUGUCGUUA